GCAUCAUGGCCGAGAGGCCGCGGCCCCCAGGCGGCGCCGUGUCUGCGUCUGCCUAUCCCGAUACCCCGGCCGAGUUUCCCCCGCACCUCCAGGCGGGUGCGAUGCGGCGCCGCUUUUGGGGCGUGUUCAACUGCCUGUGCGCCGGCGCGUUUGGGGCCCUGGCCGCCGCCUCCGCCAAGCUGGCCUUCAGCAGCGAGGUGAACACAGGCCUACGCAUCUUAGGCAUUAUUGUGAUGUUCAGCACCAAUUCUCUGAUGUGGACCUUCUUUAGCCGUGGCCUCAGUUUCUCCAUGUCUUCAGCCAUUGCAUCUGUCACAAUGACAUUUUCAAGCAUCCUCAGCUCGGCCUUCCUGGGCUUUGUGCUGUAUGGAGAGUGCCAGGAAGUCUUGUGGUGGGGAGGAGUGUUCCUCAUCCUCUGUGGACUCAGCCUGAUCCACAGAAAGAUUCCACCCACCUGGAAGCCCCUUCCACACAAGCAGCAGUAGUAUCAACUGGCUGGAUGGACCAGCUGGAAAGAUCAUGAUGGCAUGCAGUUGGCAUGUGGGACUGCUUCCAAGCGUGCAGCUGGCCUUCCAGCAAUCAGCCAAAGGAAGGUGCAGGACCAGCCAGGUCUUCAGGCCAGCCCUGCUCACGAGGGAAGCAGGCCUCUGACGGAGCAGCCUUGAGGGUGGAUAGCUCUGGCUUCUGAGGAGAGGUACAGCAGUGGCAGUGUUCUGCCUGAAGCAUUCCUGAUCGUCUGAACAGUACUUUUGAUUCUUAUGCUCCCAGCCAAGUGAACCUUGGCAGAGGCUGGAGAUCCUGAGGUUGCUCUGCUUUGUAUAUGGUACUUGAAACCACGCUGUGAUUGUAGUCUUGUUGCCUAACAAAAGCCAGUCUCAGAACUCUAGAAUCAGUGACUGGUGGGGCCUUCUGACAACUCCAUGCUUAUGUGUCAGACCAUCUGUGUCAUACUUAUGUACUAUGGCAAGAGAAGGAAAACUGGGUUAAUAAAUUCUUUUUUUAUAAGUUAAAA